CGUCGCCUUGAUCGUCGCUCUUUAUCUUCUCCACAGCACUCAUUCAUUAUCGCGACCAUGGCGCUGCGGGACACCAACACCGGGAUCGCUCUCGCCGUGGUGGCUGGUACACUCGCUCUGGAAGCACUGCGCAGAUACCUCAGCAAACCGCAAAAGGACUCUGAGUUGGCACAUCCACCCGGACCGCCGCCCCUGCCGCUUGUGGGCAACACGUUCGGCAUCAGCCUGAAGGAGCCCUGGGUCACGUAUGAGGAGUGGUCCAAGCAGUAUGGCGACAUUGUAUACACGAAGAUCCUGGGACAGGACGUCGUGGUCAUCAACUCUCUAGAGGUUGCAAAGGACAUGAUAGACCGGCGCUCGAACAUCUAUUCUGACCGGGCGCAGUAUCAGAGCUAUAGCGCAUAUGGACUGCUGUUCGACACGCUUUUCUUACCGUACGGAGACGAGUGGAGGUUCCACCGCAGAAUCUUGCACCAAGUCUUCCGCCCGGACGCGAUCUUUGCAUUUGAGGACAUCCAGAAACGCAAGGCUAUGCAGCUCGUCCAGCACCUCUUGUCAGCACCUCGCGAAUUCAUCCGUCAUUUGCACACAUUCUCGGCUGGUGUCGUUCUAGAUGCUGUCUACAGCUACGACGUCAAGAACUUGGAGGAUCCUUUCGUGAAGCAUAUCAAGGAAGCAGGCGACCGUGUAACCCUCGUGUGUUCACCCCAAACUUCACUUCUCCUUGGGUUAUUUCCCUUUGUCAAAUACAUUCCAACGUGGCUGCCAGGUGGAUCUCUGAAUGUCAAGGACUUUCACAAGUGCAUCAAGCGCGCCCAGGAUGCACCGUUUGUGAAUUUGCAGAGAAAAUUGGAUGCAGGCGAGACUCCGACAUGCAUGGCGACCAUGCCAAUUCCGUCGACAACCACCUACGGAGACAACGAAAAGACUGCAGAGAUCUUUAGAGGAGUCUGUGCUACCGCAUUCUUUGGAGGCACGGAUACCACUGCUAUGACGCUGACGAAUCUCACACUCGCACUCGUCUUAAACCCGCAAGUCCAGGAGCGCGUUAUGCGCGACAUCGAGGCUGUUGUAGGCAGCGACCGACUCCCCGAUCUUAGUGACCGGUCUGCACUCCCUUAUAUAGACGCCAUUGUUCGCGAAGUACACAGGUGGCGACCUCUUGUUCCGUUGGGUUUCCCUCAUUACACUUCUAGCGAUGAUGUGUACAAUGGGUACUUCAUUCCGAAGGGAACGACGAUCCUCGCUAAUUCAUGGGCAAUGUCCCGCAACCCCUCUCGCUACCCCAACCCCUCGGUCUUUGACCCAUCGCGGCACCUCGCCGCUGACGGCUCGCUCCUCCCGGACGAAACAAACUUCCUGUUCGGCUUUGGGCGGCGCAUCUGCCCCGGGCGGCACUUUGUCAACGCGACGCUCUGGAUCGCCGUGGCGACCAUGCUCGCUGUGUUGCGCUUUGGACCGCCCUGCGACGAGCACGGAAACGAGAAACCGGUCGAGCAGGGGAAUACGUUCGGCGUUGCUUCGCAAGCGAAGCCGUUUGAGUGUACCAUUCAGCUUAGAGGGGGUGUUGACAAGAAAGUGAUUGAGUUGCUCCGGGCAGAGCAAAACUCAUGAGCAGCGAGGCCGGAGCUUAUUCAUUCCGAGCGACGGACUGAGUGUUUUCCUUUUUUUCUCCUCCCCUACGAUAAUUACAUUUCUUAUCUUGCCAGCCUUCUUACAGUAAAUAAUAGACGUUAAUCAUCCUGGUCACAACGUAUAUACCCUAGUGGAGCCGC